AUGAACCUAAGCGAUUCGCUCAAAUAUUCAAAAGACAAGUUUAAAAGACGCCUGGGCAUGAGAUCUAAAGACGACAGUCGCCCCUCUUCUGCGAUAGGUUCCCAUCCAUGUCCAACACCCUUAUCCGAGCCUGCUCAGCUUAUUCCACCUGCGGCUACGUCUACUGAGGAUGGCUCGCAGGUUGUUGCUUCUGAUCCGUCAGUCUCCGCCGAUAGUACUAUAGAAAAACCCUCGGGCGCCUGGAACGCAAUUAGGGCCCUUCUUACUACCCUCGAGUCGAGUACUGAUGCGUUCGGCCCACUCAAGUCAGCGAUCAGCGGUCUCAAGGGACUUAUAGACAUAUACGAGAACGCAUGCAAGCAGCGCAAGGAGUAUAACGAAUUAGGUAUCAGGCUAAAGGAAAUAUUGCAAGAUCUAGCAGAUCAUAUCGAGCGACCAGCAGGACUUAUAAUGACCAAGAGUGUAAAACGGAUCCAAGACGAAAUCAUGCAAGAAGCCAAGAGAGUGGCCAACAAACAGGCAAAUAAGACAGGAAGACGGUUGAUAGAUGCUAUGGAAGAAUCUGACGGAAUAAUGGAAUGCUACCGCCGUAUUGAUGGUCACCUGCGAAGAAUCACGCUCAACGCGAGCAUGGGCGCCCUGGAGGCCAUCAAGGAGCAUACAUUAGAGUCACGGAUGAACAGAAUGUCGCCCCACACGUCCGCAACGUACAACUCUGCCGAAUCAUUGGACGUCCAGAGGGGAAUCUGUACUUCAGGAACCCGAAAAGCACAAAUCAAAGAGCUGAUGGAAUGGGCGAAUAUGCCAGACACCGGAAAGACAUGCUGGAUGAAUGGAAUGGCCGGCACAGGCAAGACGACCAUUGCAUACACUGUGUGCAGCAAGCUCGACAAAUCCAACCGACUGGGCGCCAGUUUUUUUUGCUCGAGGGCAAUCGCAGAAUGUCGUCAAGUCAAGCAUAUAAUCCCAUCCAUCGCAUACCAGCUUGCCAGAUUCUCGCGCCCCUUCCAACGUGCACUAGCCGAAGUCCUUGAAGAAGAUUGCGAUGCCCAUACUCGAGCACUAAACUUGCAAUACCAGAAGCUUAUUAUCGACCCGCUAAAAGCCGUGGAGAAGUCCCUCCCGGAAGAUUUUAUUGUAGUUAUUGACGCCCUGGACGAAUGCGAGAGUUUGACAGCCGUUGAGCAAAUACUGGAGCUACUCCUGUCGACUACUCACACGCUCCCCAUCCGAUUUCUCAUAUCCAGCCGCCCAGAGCGAGAGAUAACAGAAAGAAUAACAGGGCGAUCGAACGGGCAGGACGAGGCCCGACUUGUACUGCAUAACCUAGAUUCGAAUAUGGUGAAGACUGACAUCGAAACAUAUAUGCGCGAAGAGCUGAAAGGGAUCCCGCUGAAAGACUCGGAGUGGACUAUUAUGAUCGAACGCUGCGGGGUGUUGUUCAUCUAUGCGGCUACCAUCUGCCGUUACAUCAAGAACGCAAAUAAAAUGAAAACGCUGAAAAAAGCCGUGAAGGUGAUCAUUGACUCGGGAUCUGCUUCAAUGGAGAAAGGAGACGAACGUAUAAUCGACGAGCUUUAUAAGACUAUUCUCGACAAUGCCUUCAAGGGGACUGAACUGAACGAGACAAAUAGGCGAACAAUGAGAGAAGUACUUGAAACGGCUGUGUGUGCGACAGAGCCAAUGUCGUUGGACGCUAUGGCUAGCCUGCUGCAAUUGGAUAGUGCUGAGGAAGUGGACGCCCUCCUAGGCCCCCUUCGAUCGGUGCUAAACAUAACGAAAAAGACCAAACUUGUAACUACUUUGCAUGCAUCAUUUCCCGACUUCAUACUUUCGCAAGGCCGCUCUGGUAACUAUUACUGUAGCCCAAACACCCGCCACGCGACGAUCGCGGAAGCCUGCUUACGACUCAUCGACGGUGCCGAGCCAGAGUUCAACAUAUGCGCACUGCCUUCUUCCUUCUUGCUAGACGACCAGGUCAAAGACCUCGCCCACCGGGUCACCCACUCAAUCUCACCCGGCCUCGCAUAUGCAUGUCGCUACUGGACCACCCACCUCACUCUCGGCGAACACACGAAUCGCCUGACUGGGCUUGUUGGCGGCUUCUUCCAGUCCAGGCUGCUGCUAUGGAUGGAAGUCAUCAAUCUCACCAAGAACAUACGUUAUGCGACAUCCAUCAUACAGAGCGCCGAGAAGUGGUGUACCGAGCGAGACGUACCCGAACAUAUCACAAAGCUAGCCCACGACGCAUCUCAGUUCGUAUCGGUCUAUGCCAACCAUCCCGUAUCUCAAAGCACUCCACACAUCUACACUUCCAUGCUUCCCUUCUGGCCCAGAUCUCGGCCACUCUCGGCAGCAUACAUGCCAAGAACAUCCGGACUUGUGCAGCCGACAGGAACAGCGAUCGAUCGACGACGACUGGCACUCAUAGCCACCUGGAAGGUCUCGACCGGGGAAGUGAGGUCGAUGAGUCUGUCAAGAGACGGAAGACGACUUGUGGCACCUACCGCAGACAGCAUCGAGGUGUACGAUACGACGACGGGCGAGAGUGUGGUCAGUCUCACCGAAGAGCGCACAAAGGAUGUCUACUACGUUGCGAUAUCUCCCGACGGAUCCAAGGUGGCCUUUUCUGGCCUUGGUGGUACCCCAUAUGUGUGGGACACCGCCAACGGAAGCGCGGUCACGCAACUGCUUCCUGAUGGCGUGUCCGGUGGUCAUUCGCUUGCAUUCUCGCCUGACGGGUCUCGCGUCGCCUGUGGCCUGAGGAACGGAAAGGUGUACAUCUGCGCGUUGGGACCAGACGUCAGCGCUCAUGGUCCGUUCACGGGUCAUAUCACGUACGUCAACUCAGUCGUGUUCUCUUCCCACGGCUUGCAUCUUGCAUCUGGAUCGAACGACAGGACUGUGCGAGUGUGGGAUGUACAGACAGGCCAGCCGGUUGGCACGCCCUUCGAGGGUCAUACUGCUGAGGUCUGGUCAGUCUGCUCCUGUCCCACUGACUCGCGCAUUGCCUCGGGCUCUUGGGAUAAAACGAUCCGAGUGUGGGAUCCGCAAACUGGACAGACGGUGCUAGGACCACUCACGGGACAUUCUAGCCAUGUAUUCUGCGUUGCGUUUUCGCACAACGGUGCUUUCAUUGCCUCUGGAUCAAAAGACAACACAAUCCGAGUGUAUGACACGCGUACGGGUCACAUAGUGCUUGGACCACUCGAGGGACACACCAACGCCAUCAGAUCGGUCAUCUUCUCUCCAGACAGCACUCGCCUGUUCUCUUGCUCAGACGACGGCACGGUACGCGUAUGGAACGUGCAGGACAUCGACACCUCCAAUUCUCUUCCGACUGCCUCAUCUCUUUCCUCUCGUAUCUACUCCAUCCGAUACUCUCGCAGCGGCACACGGGUUGUCUCUGGCUCAGAAGAUGGGUCGAUACACGUGUGGGAUGUGGCGACCGGUCAGCUGAUGCUCGGACCACUCCAUGGCCAUGAGGGCGAGGUUGCAUCUGUGGACUACUCAGCCGAUGAUCGGUACAUUGCGUCUGGUUCAGGAGACAGGACACUGCGAAUCUGGGAUGGACUGACGGGACAAGACAUCCACGGACCGAUGGAGGGGCAUAGUCGAUGGGCGAACUGUGUGCGAUUCUCACCCGACAGCACGGUCGUUGUCUCAGGGUCUCAUGACCUCACUGUCCGAAUAUGGGAUGUGAGCACCGGCCAACAAGUGACCCAACUGUUCCAAGGGGAUGGCUGUAUCCACUCGGUUGGGAUCUCUCUUGACGGUCAUCGAGUUGUCUGUGGCUUGAUUCAUGGCAAGAUAGUCGUACUAGACCGACAUGGCGGCACCACCCUCGUUGGCGCAAUCGAUGCUCACAAGGCCCAGGUUCUUUCGGUGGAGUUCUCCCAAGAUGGCAAGCGCCUCGUCUCAGGGUCGCCUGACAAAUCAGUGAGAAUAUGGGAUGCAGAGACAUGGAAGCAGCUUGUUGUUUGCGGCGAGAGUGGUGGCGCCCACAGUAGCUCGGUUUCCGUGUCGUUCUCACCCAACGGUCUGUAUGUUGCAUCUGGGUCUUCUGACCAUACUGUGCGCGUGUGGGACUCGGAGAACGGCAAGCUUAUACACGGUCCUCUGAAGGCACAUACCGAUCGCGUGGAAUGCAUCCAGUUCUCACCUGAUGGCUCACACCUCGUUUCGUGCUCGUGGGACCGCACCAUUCGAUUCUGGGACGUAUCGCUUCUGGGAACACAUUCACAAGAGAAUGCAACCACAGGCACGAACAAUGCUGGAGCAGGCGUUCCCACUUCUGACUCCCAUGUGUCUCAUUUAUCCUCUCUGGAUGGCGAUGGCUGGGUGGUGGACUCGCACGGUCGACGACUAGUAUGGGUCCCAUCAGACCUUCGCACCUAUCUGGCACUCCCCCCGACCUCCUCGAUCAUCGCUGACCAAGGGGCUUUUACUCUAAACACGGACGGAUGGAAUAUAGGAGAUAGCUACUGCACUAGCAUGGACCAAUAUCAGUUUCGUUAUGAUGCUGAGAAAGUAACGGAAGAAAGAGGCAUUAACAUGGCUGAAGGGAAUGGACGUCCACUGAGCUCAUGUAUUCUUGCACUCUUACGAGCUGGCCAAGUUAUCAAACUCGAGCACCGCGAGAUUGUCAACUACCACCGUAGCCUUAGUUUACACCAAGCAAGACAGAGUGCGUUCGGGUUCGGAGCGAAUACUCGACAGCUGGUUGCUGAAAGUGUCGUCAAAGUUAUGGCGCGCGUCGCUAGAAGGUGCAUUCGUGUGAGAGACGCUUUCGGAACUGUUCGGCAUCCGUGUGCACUGAUCGUAUCCCGGCGCGCCCGCCACGGCAGAAUCAUGAUGUAUAUGAGCUCUAGCAACCAUGAUCUGCUCGAUUCAAUGACGCAUCCAGGCGCCGGGGUGUUCCAUGAUCCAAGUAGUCAACUCGGCAUCGAGGUGUACGAUACGACGGGCGAGAGUGUGGUCAGCCUCGCCGAAGAGCGCACAAAGUAUGUCGAAUCCGCUACGAUAUCUCCCGACGGCUCCAAGGUGGCCUUUUCUAGCUAUCGUGGUACCCCAUAUGUGUGGGACACCGCCAACGGAGGCGCGGUCACACAGCUGCUUCCUGAUGGCGUGUCCGGCGGUCUGUCGCUUGCAUUCUCGCCUGACGGGUCUCGCGUCGCCUGUGGCCUGAGGAACGGAGAGGUGUACAUCUGCGCGUUGGGACAAGACGUCAGCGCUCAUGGUCCGCUCAUGGGUCAUACAACAGAUGUCUACUCAGUCGUGUUCUCUUCCGAUGGCUUGCAUCUUGCAUCUGGAUCGAGCGACAGGACUGUGCGAGUGUGGGAUGUACAGACAGGCCAGCCGGUUUGCACGCCCUUCAAGGGUCAUACUGCUGAGGUCUGGUCAGUAUGCUCCUGUCCCACUGACUCGCGCAUUGCCUCGGGCUCAUCUGAUAGAACGAUCCGAGUAUGGGAUCCGCAUACUGGGCAGACGGUGCUAGGACCACUCACAGCACAUUCUGGCGCUGUAUACUGCGUCGCGUUUUCGCACAACGGCGCUUUCAUUGCCUCUGGAUCAGCCGACAACACAAUCCGAGUCUAUGACACGCGUACCGGCUACACAGUCCUUGGACCACUCGAGGGACACAUCAAAUACAUCACCUCGGUCAUCUUCUCUCCCGACAGCACUCGCCUGUUCUCUUGCUCAGCAGACGGCACGGUACGCGUAUGGAAUGUGCAAGACAUCGAUACCUCCAAUCCUCUUCCGGCUGCCUUGUCUCUUUCCUCUCGUAUCUACUCCAUCCGAUACUCUCGCAGCGGCACACGGGUUGUCUCUGGCUCAGCAGAUGGGUCGAUACACGUGUGGGAUGUGGCGACCGGUCAGCUGGUGCUCGGACCACUCCAUGGCCAUGAGGGCGACGUAUCUGUGGACUACUCAGCCGAUGAUCGGUACAUUGCGUCUGGUUCAAGAGACAGCACAGUGCGAAUCUGGGAUGGACUGACGGGACAAGACAUCCACGGACCGAUGGAGGGGCAUAGUGAUUGGGUGAACUGUGUGCGAUUCUCACCCGACAGCACGGUCGUUGUCUCAGGGUCUGAUGACUGCACUGUCCGAAUAUGGGAUGUGAGCACCGGCCAACAAGUGACCCAACUGCCCCAAGGAGAUCAGUGGAUCCUGUCGGUUGGGACCUCUCCUGAUGGCCAUCGGGUUGUCUGUGGCUCAAAUCAUGGCAAGAUAGUCGUGCUAGACCGACAUGGCGGCACCACGCUCGUUGGCCUAGUCGAUGCUCACAAGGACUGGGUUCGUCCGGUGGAGUUCUCCCAAGAUGGCAAGCGCCUCGUCUCAGGGUCGGAUGACAAAUCAGUGGUGAUAUGGGAUGCAGAGACAGGGAAGCAGCUUGUUGUUUGUGGCAAGACCGGUGGCGCCCACAGUGACUCGGUCUCCUCUGUGUCGUUCUCACCCAAUGGUCCGUAUGUUGCAUCUGGGUCUUGGGACCAUACUGUGGGCGUGUGGGACUCGGAGAACGGCAAGCUUAUACACGGUCCUCUGAGGGGACAUACCGAUAUCGUGCGAUCCAUCCAGUUCUCACCCGAUGGCUCACACCUCGUUUCGUGCUCGUGGGACCGCACCAUUCGAUUCUGGGACGUAUCGCUUCUGGGAACACAUUCACAAGAGAAUGCAACCACAGGCACGAACAAUGCUGGAGCAGGCAUUUCCACUUCUGACUCUCACGUAUCUCAUCUUUCCUCUCUGGACGACGACGGCUGGGUGGUGGACUCACACGGUCGACGACUAGUAUGGGUACCAUCAGACCUUCGCACCUAUCUGGCACUCCCCCGACCUCCUCGAUCAUCGCUGACCAAGGGGCUUUUACUCUAA